CUAAAAAUUGAUCGGAUCGGUCCGUGACGGUCGUUUUUGGAUUAAUUGUGAAAUAAAGUUGCAUCUAUACAGUUUAAGCUGCAACUUAAAGAUCGGGCAUACGUACCAAUAACCAAAAAAGUUAAACAUCCAAGAUGCCCCGAAAUUAUCCUCGUUUUCAUAAAAAUGGACCACAAAAUCAAAAUGGCCCAUUGAUGACGGAUCACAUCGAGCUUCGGGAUUUAGACUUAGAGUUAGAGUUGCUGAAACGCAAAAGACAAAUGAUUGAGCAGCAGCAACAACAACUAUCCAAUGAACGCCACUACAAUAACCAACCGAGAAAUUACAAUUUUAACCAGUCUCCUCAAAUGUACCAAGCACCACAACAGCAAUAUAACUCAACCCAGUUUUCUUCUCAUACUUUUGGACAAUCAGGUCCAUCUUUUAACCAUUUUGAGGGUGGCCAAGGUACUUCACUUGGCAAGCGGCAAAGUGAUUCUAGGUGGAAUCCCAGCUCUGCACCUAAACGAUUCUCAGGACCUACAGGAGGCUCCAAGAAAAAGUUUAGUGCAGGCUUUAAGAGUAGAUCAGAUUCUUUAGCUGACAGGCCCGCACCGUUUGUGAAUCAACAAGCCCCAAUCAGCAAACAACAUUCUCAAAAUGUCACUCAGAGCCAACAGCAAGCCUGGAACCAACUUCCAUUCUAUAUGGGUAAUAAUAAAUAUACCCCACCCAGUCAAAGGUUCAAGAGCACUAAAGCUAAACCUGCCCACACAGAUUUCAGACCUACCAAAGUUACUAAAUCAAAAGUGACGUCAGCAAAUAUUGGAUAUAAACUCGUUACAUAUCCAAUUCCUAAACGAAAGGUGCCCACCAAGGAAGUUCCCAAGUCGGCAAGCAAAGCGGAUGAGAAGGGCGAUUUUAUUUUGCACGCUGAUAGAGUGCCGACUCAGCAAGUAGCUGGUCGCUUAGAAUUGGCACUGGGUAACAUAUUGAAAGAUGUUAAACAAAAAUAUGGCGAGGACGAUGAAUAUAAAGCUAGUUUCCUUCACCACAUUUUCUUGCGGGAAGUGAAACAGGCAAUUCGUGAACGCCUGCGGACCGUCAUGCUCGGGAAACACGUCGGCAAAGUCGAAGACACUGUCGAGCACUACCGAAAAGUGUUUCCAAUCGAAUCUGAUAAGGAAAUGGUAGAUCUUGCAAUGGAAGUGCUGAACGUUGUCAAGCGCAAACUGCUUAUCACUAAACUCGACGAAACAGAUUCUCCUGAAAAUUAUUUUAAAGUUAACAUUGAUAAAUUACUUGACACAUCAUUGGACGAAAUGUUUAGAAAGUUACAAAAAAUAUAUGGAGCUGAUUCUAUAGAUUACACAAAGGAACUGUUCACUGAAGACACAAAAGAAAAGUCGGAUGCAAUCGAUGUAGAUAAUGAGAAAAACAAAGUCGAAAACGUAGAUGCUGCUGAGGAUGUGGAGUCUAAAGAAAACACUGAAAACUCAGCAGCUGAUGCAUUUGCAUCAGCACAAUCAAAUCAAAAUGUAGAAAACACUGAAACUACAGAAUCUGAACAGAACUUGGAAAACAUAGAAGCUGUAGAAUCUGAACGAAAUACAGAAGCUGCUGAAUCAGAACAAAAUAUUGCUACUACUGAUGAUAAUAAGGAGGAAACCAAAAAUGAAGAAAAUAGUAUUGAAGAUGAAAAUAUAAAGAAAGAAGAAAACAAAAACAAUGAGCACAUUUCAGAAGUGAAUACAGAAGCUAGUGCUUCCAUAGAUGCAAAUGCAGAUGGACAAGAAAACACAUUGGUUGACCCUCAAAAAAGAGUCAAGAAAAUGGAGUAUAUGAUGAAAAAUAUAAUAAACCGCAAGUUAGCCAGCCUUUUACCAAAGUACAAACUUCAAAUGAUAAAAAUAUUGAGGGCUAAUGAAAAGUAUAAUGCCACUAAAGAAUUGCUACUAACGAAACUGCAAUACAAGCUGUCGGUAGAGAAACAAAUGGAAAAAGCUUCAGGAAAAGGGUCGGCAUCUUUGAAGACUCCAGUAAAGGCCUCCCCGCAUAAAACUAAACCUGACAGUUCCACGCCUGCAUCGACCCCAAGAACCACCUCACUCUAUUAUGCAAAGGUUCACGGGCGUCCAUUUCUGCCUAGAAAGAAAGAAAUGCAAAGUUUCUUACAAAAGUUCAACCCGAAGUCGGUUAAGAAGCAUAGAUCCAUGCAGUUGUUGUUUGUUGGGUUCGACAACAAGGAAAACUUCGAUAAGAUGUUGGAAAUUCAAGAAACCAUCAUAGAUGAAAAGAGAGUUAUUAUCAAAGCAGGCGAAGUCACCGAUAAAAACCAGAAAUCUUUAAAUGUUUCUGUGAUUAGUGAUGAUGAUGACGAAGUCCAAGUGGUCAAGGAAAAUAACACUAGUGGCGAUAUAGUCGGCUCUGAUUUGGACGGUCAAAUUGAUGACCUUCUGACGUCAAUAAGGAAAGAAGAAGAGUCGAGCCAAGUUGAAAAAACUGAGGAUGCUACAAAAGAAGUUGUUGCAGUUGAUGAUAAAACUAAAGAUUCGAAACCAAAUGGAGACGAUAAUAACGAGGUCCAAGUGAUUGCCAAUGGCAAUCAGAAGGACGUGGUAACAAUCGAUGAUGAAAAUGAAGUUGAGGAGGUUCCUGAUAACAGUGAAAAUGACGUUGAAAUAGUACCCGAUGCAAGUGCCGAAACUCCUAAAAAAGACGAAAAACUCGAAUCGGAAUCUAACAAAGCUUCGGAAAAUACUGAGAGCGAAGCAGCUGACAAAGUUGAAGCUUUGAAGAGCGAUGCGAAGCAAACUGGAAGAUCAACGCCUACUAGGGCUUCUGCUCGCAUUAAUAACUCUACCCCAAGCAGUAUACGUACUAGACGCGCGAGCCGUUUGGCCCAAGACUAAACAAACGAUGAUUAGUACUAAUCUACUAUUUUAAUUCUUAGGUUAUGGUUAGUUUUAUCUAUUAUAAUUUUAGUUACUGCUGACAUGUGGAUAUAACGUCAACUAGAUUUCGAAAACUUGCAAAACCCUUACCCUCUUUUUAACAAACGAUGAAUAAACUUGGCGCAACUGCAUGUUUUGUCUCUGUUCAUUAAAUGACAUUGACAUAAGGCACUUCAGUGACAUGAACAAAACACGGCGUAACUAGUCCAACUUUUUUUCUUGUUUAAUAUUAAGGGGGUUACAGGUAUAGUUUUAAUUACAUAACAACACAAUUACGUUUCACACAAUUCACCAUAGAAUAGAAUGUGACUUGGUAAUUUCGAUAUGUAAGGAAGAAUUAUUUAUCGGUGGUGCUUCAGGUACUGCUAACAAACUUGAACUAUUUUUCGAAAACCUCCAAAACCUUCAAAUUCGUAGUUCUGUACCCCUAGCACGAACCAUUAUCGAAUUCGAAUAGUUUGUGAGUGCGAAAUGUCAAUGUCAAAUUUUGUAUGGAAACUUGAACAGCAGCGCCACAAAGUACGUAACGAGAACUAAAAUCAGUACACAUUUGACAAUGACAUUUCGGACUCGCAAACGAUACGAAUUCGAUAUUGGUUCGUGCUAGGGGUACUGAUGACGAACAACACCGUAUCGAGUGUCACAAAAUUUACUAUAGAAUAGAAUGUCACUUGGUGAUUUCGUUAAAUAUAGAAGAUCCAAUUUCUCUUUUGCACACUACUGUUUAUUUCAUAAGAAUUGCAUCUAAUUGUACGUGUAUUUCUUUUCAAUUGAACUUAAUGUAAGUUCGCCAUUGACUAGGUAUGUUUUACUUAUUUUAUUAGAAUAAAAAGUAUAUAAUGU